AUGGCUCUUAUACCGAGAAUUCCAGAUGAAUUUAUAAAAAGAUUUGGGAAUGAACUCAAGAAUGUUGCUACAAUUACUGUUCCCGAUGGUUGUGAUUGGGAAAUGAAACUGAAGAAAUGCGGCAAUGACGUUUACUUUUGCAACAAAUGGCAACAGUUUGCAGAAUACUAUUCUAUAGGGUAUGGUUCCUUCCUGUGUUUCAAAUAUGAAGGGGAUUCAAAGUUUAGUGUCUUUAUAUUUGAUGCAACUUCUAUUGAGAUUUGCUAUCCAUUCAAAACUCAAAGUACAAAUGGAGAAACAAAAACAAAGUUUCAUAGUCCUAGGAAAAGGUCCAAGGUUGAAACAAGUGACAAUCAUGCUUCUAAAAGAGCAGAGGAAGCUGCCAAAGAAUUUAAUCCAAAAAACCCUUAUUUUUGUUCCAAAAUUCUUAAGGGAAAUUAUGUGUAUGUUAAUGCUGAUUUUGCUUCAAAGCAUCUGAAUCCAAAUGUUCCUAUAAAGCUCCAAAAUUCUCACGGAAAGCAGUGGGAAGUUUCAUGUGCAAUGCAUGAUGCCAAAUCAUCAUCAACAGCAAUGAUAAUAUCAAGGGGAUUUCCUAUAUUUCUAAGGGGCAACAAUCUGUCUCAUGGAGAUUAUUGUGUGUUCGAGCUGAUCAAUAAGACGCCGGAUGUGCUAAAAGUCACAAUGUUUCGUGUGAUUGACUAUUACGUUUAA